AAUGCAUUGACCGCUCGUGAAGAAUAUAGAUAUAAGGAACUAGAGAAAAAGAAAUGUUUACUGCCUUUAGAUGAGUUAGACACUGCAAUUGCUUCUCUUCAAGAUGAAUUCGAAGGGUUGUGUCUACCGGGAGACCAGGAUGCAUUGGAAGAUAUGAAAUUAGACAUAAGUAUGCACAAUGAUAAACUAGACAUGUUGAUGAGACAUGAGGAAAUAGUGAAUGAUUUAGUUAAACAGAACCAUUCAAUCAAAGAUGAAUUAGAUAUAGAGCUAACAAAAUUAAGUGCUAAACAACAUCAGUAUGAAGAUGAUGAAAAAAACUUGGGUGAACAAUGCAUUGCUCUUGCCGAGGAAGUGGAUAAUAUUGUUGAUGAUGUGUGUAAUGUUAUAGCUAAGAAUUUGAAAAUGGCCAGUACUAAUGAUGAGGAAAUAUCUAGCAAGUUCUUUGCUUUUGGACCAUUUGAUGCAUACAAGCAGUCCCAAUCAUUGUAUAUGUCACAUUUUGAUCUCUUCGUCUCUAAACGACUGACCAACAAUCAUCCUGACAGAACUUCUGACCAGGAUUUACAAAGAAUAUUAAAUGAAGCUGCUAAUAUGGAAGAAAGACUAUCAGAUGCUUUAUGUGCAUACAUUUCGAGUAAAGCUGAGUUGUGCGGGGAACAAGCCAAGCUUGCAUUAGUUAAUAAUUACACUUUGCAUCCUAAUAGAGUAUCUGGCUGUCUACUAGAAGUGCAAAGUGCGUUAGAAAUCUUGCAGCAAGAGGAGAAUAUCUUGGAUCAACAGUUGCAGGAGGCAAUACUAAAGUUUGUGUCAUCUCGGACCAACCUUGCUGUAGAGACUGCCGCAAGGAGUGCACUUAGUAUUAGAAAACAAGUGCUUAGUGAUUUAGAAUUUCUACUGGAGAGCAGUCAGCAGGCGCUGUGUGUAGACAAGCUGGUGUACAGUGCGCUGCGAGCUGAGCUCUGCUCCGUGGAGGAACUGUUGCACUUCGCCUCACAUAUGAGGACGUACCUGGUCAAUGAUUCUGAAGCUAUUUCUAGUAGAAUUGAAUCAAUGAACGAGAUAUGUAGUCAACAAUUACUUAAGCAGCAGCGGUUACAAACAAACAUGUUGCAACAGACUUUAUGUACAAUGUUAUGUACAGAUAACAAUGAUUAUGUACAAUUGCUGAGAGUACAUAAUGAUCUACGACAAAGUAUACAAGCUCUCACUGAACAAGUGGCUGAAGGAUUUAAGAACAAGGAAAUAGCUAUCGCGGCAUAUUCACCGUCAACGUUACCUAUCCGCGAGUAUUUACACGACGGCAGCAGUCGUCAGGUGCGCAGGCGCAGCGCAGCAGGCGCGCAGCUGCUGCAUCACCUCACGGACCUGAUGGCAGCUGUUGAUGACAAGGUGUUGGCAGCUAGCGGGAGAUUCGCUGCCGUCAAGAAAGAGGACAAGUACAGUUUGCGCAAGUUCUGGCAGUGGUUCCUGGUGGACCAGGCGCGCCUGCUGGCCACGCUCAGAGCUGCUCAGCCACGUGGACACUUGCCCUGAUAUAUCUUACUAAUAUUAUAAAUGAGAAUGUUUGGAUGGAUGGAUGUUUCUUAGAAAGUGUCUCCGGAACAG